AUGGCGGACCGAUUUCCUUCGCUCGAGGACUUUGACUCUGGAGCGCAAACCGAAAUCCAGAAUGUUUCCGACGAGCCCUCUGCUGAAGACUUCCUCGCCAGAGAAAAGGCUCUCCUGGGCGAUGAUGCGAACCAGUUCGCGACGAGCGAUGACGCAAACGCACUGGCCGACACUAGUGGAGAUCUCCUGGGCGAGACCACUGCUGCGGAAUCGACCUUUGAGUCUCAGUUCCCGGACCUCGCCAAUCCUGCUGCUGGCCUUGCAGGAGUAGAUGGAAACAUCAUGACCGGUCCCUCUGUAAGCUAUAACUCGGGUUACCAGACAUAUGCCGCGGACGAGGAAGAGCCCGAGGUCAUUAAGCAGUGGAGAGAGACCCGCGAUGCCCAGAUUGCCAAGAGAGCCGAGCAGUUCGCCGCUCAGCGAGAGGAGACGAUACAGGAGGCUCAGCGAAACAUCGACGACUUCUAUGAGAACUACAACUCCAAGAAAGAGAAGGGCAUUGCGCAGACACGCAAAGAAGCCGAGGAGUUCCUUGCGAACAGGGAGGAUACCGUCUCUGGGGGCACAAGCUGGGACCGCAUCGCGAAGCUUGUCGAUGUCAGCGGAAAGGGGGCCAAGGGCGGAGCCGCCGGAUCUGGCAAGGAGCGCUUCCGUGAGCUGCUUGUGAGCCUGCGCAAAGACGAGAAGGCUCCUGGCGCAACUGGCUACUAA